UUUUUUUUUUUUAAUAGCACUCAAAAGUAGCAUUUGGCUUUAUGUGGAGUGUGAUUGAGCUCAUAUAUCUACACACACAAAUUCCGUAAUUUAAAAAUUUCCAGUGCCUAAUGAAGGUUUGCGAUAAUGGGGACUGGUAAAAGUAUUGUUGGUUUUUCAAAGCAGCUUCGCAGCUGAUCAGGUGAUGGUGCAAUAUGAUUUUCGAUAAGUACCUAAAGCUUAGAGGACGCCACCAUCCGAAAAAAAAACUGCAUUCAAAAUACAAAUAAUGUGCUAUGUUUCGCUUAUUGAUGUCAGGAGCAUUUCUUGUAUACGCCAUUGCAAAACUGCUUUACUAGAUUUGACACCGAGUAAACGUCUUUUUUUUUAACGUAACAAACAGCAGGAGCCAUCGUCACAGGCUACAGCAUGCCACAGGUUGUUAAAAGCGAGCAUCCGCCGAGCGAAUCUUUCCGCGCUAGCCAGGGCGAAUAGGCAGCGAGCGAUUCGCUGCUCGCAGGCGGAAGAUUUCGCUUUCGCUUCGAUCGUGCAACGUCCAAGAGGGGGGCGCUGAUGCCAGUUCACUGCGGACUGCGGGGCAGCCCGCAUCUCAAAGCGCUUUGUUACAGAUGUCGCGUCGGGGUAACACACUGUGCAGUCUGUCCACGAUGUCUACAGAGAAGCUGAUCGAACAAGUGUACAGACAUCCUGAACUAUACGACAAGAAUCACAGAGAUUUUAGGAAACUACAGAAGAAGCAGCAACUUUGGAAGACAGUCGCCCGUCAGCUGGGAAGUCGGAACAGUGACCAGAUGAAACGAAAAUGGAAAAAUCUUCGCGAUACAUAUGCAAGAUAUUUGAGGCUCAGCUCGGAAGAGGGUUCUAGCACUAAACGGUGGAUAUGGUCUGAAAAAAUGGAGAUGUUUCGCCCCUUUGUGCCUCUCGGGUCAAGUUCUGCAGAAGUGACUGGUCCCGAACCUGGGAGUCCGUCACCUGAAACGGGGGCAGAAUCGGAAGACAGUGCACACGAGGAGGAGGCUGCACAGGAGUCGGAGCUAAGACCUGGGUGCCCCCCGACACACCCGCAACACGAACUGAUCACCUGCGAUUUGGACGUCAGCACUGAAGCACCUACUGUACUUAAACUGGAGACAGACAGGUUAUCUUUGCAGGAGCAACUGCCAGCAUCUACUGAAGAAGUUUGUGUGCCACCUGGUGCCAAGAUGAGGGCUGUGACGGCUCCCACAGAACCGCAGGCUCCUGUCAUCACUUAUCUAGAAAGCAGAGCGGGUACUGAUGAAAUAGACAGUUUGUUUCUGGCAUAUGCCACGACAGUGAAAAAGUUCUCCCCUAGGAGGCAGGUGAUGACUAAACUAAAAUUGGCACAGCUCAUAGCUGAGGAAGAACUUGCACAUGUGGAUGAAACUGAUCUAUUGGCAACACAAACUUUUAACCACUCCACACUACCGUAAAGUACCUGCCAAUUGAUGUUGCGUAUUAUCGUAGAGGUUCUGACAGGCCUCAUUCUUCUCCCUUCGAACUGUUUAAAUCCAGAUAAGCCUGAAAACAAGCAGUUACAGUUUUACUUGCCUGUAGUGGAAUAACUGGGUCUUAAAUACUCAACACUGUUUGUAUAUAAACUGUUAACAUUUCCUGUGGUUUAUUAUCCGUAUCAUAUUCCUCCACUUGUAUCAAAAAAGUUACGCUGAUCCCAACUACAGCAAGUCGCACAUCUGCCCCUCAGAGUAUAGAAUCUAUCUGCUGCAUCACAUGUUAUUCAGAAAGAUGGCAUUCUUGGACAUUGGAAUGCCUUACAAUUUACUAAUUUUACAUAUAUUUUUACAACAAUGAAUUUUUUUUGCAAAAUGUGAUGUAUUACAAUUACAGAUUUACAUAGUCGUAUUUACGUAAUUGUCACAAAAAUACAGUUAUAAAUUAAU